CGGAGGGUGGUGUGUUGUAAGUGCGCUGGAAACCAGAUUUUAAGUUUCACAUUAAUUUUAACGCAACUCCUGCGUUUUCUUUGCUCCCAGCAAUUGGCCUUUUUCUGCACUUUCAUUAUUGCACCAGUUUCAGUGUUUCUCUCUUGCCCUCCAUUUCCAGGGAUAGUCGAACUUUGGAUCGAGAAUCUGCGAAAGAGUGCGGGCAGUGACAGCGCCGCGUUUGCAUCAGCCUUGUGGUCUGCCGUCCAUCACUUCACGUCGUGCAGGGGCCAAAACUUUACAAACGCGAUUUUCACGCUAAAUACACCAAAUCCCGUUCGUAUUCGUAUCGCUGCCGGUUGACGCUGGUUUCCGCUCACUGUAGACACACUUUUCAGCCCAAUUUCACCCGUUUUUCACGUACGUUUUCACGAUUGAAGUUUGGCACUUUGAUACACGUGCUGAAUUGGAUUUUUAUAAACCAAGCGAAAGGUCGCCAUAUUGUCAGAUUUGCAGCAAGAAGCUGUCGGCGUGCAGCUUUUAGGCCCGCGGGGCGGUGAACCGGGAGGGCGGUGCUCGGCGAAAUACAGGUGGCCAUUUUCGCUCGUGUCCGAGCGAAGUCGGGUUUGACAUUGCAGUGACAGCGCGCUGUCAAUGUAUUUCGCUUCCAAUUAUGGCAAUUAUGGCAACAGAAAAAGGGGAAAAAAUUAAAAUUAUCAAUUAUUUUAAGCAAACAAAAAUAUCAAUCUCACAACACAACAGUGGCAACGCGAAACCGAAACGAAAUGGAGUUUUAAGUUCAAUGAGCCUGGCUCAAUUUUUCGUCAGGAUCAAGUACGCAUUGGCUUUUGCAUUGGCACAGUGAAACGCGGUGAGCAAAUCGGACUAUACAGAGGUUUAAAAAUUCGGCUCGGAUAAAAUAUGGAGUACAAAGAUUUUGCCCCAAACGAAGUGUACCAUACCGAGAAGGAACUGCUUGAGUGUUUGAAAAAGAAGGAAAAAUAUUCGCUUGAAAGUAAUCUCUCCAGCUCCAAGGCGCUGCUGCGUCGCCAGGUCGGUAAAAAUGGAGAUAAUUUGUACGAUUUACUGGUACGGUUAGUUACAAACUUACUCGAAAAUGCACCGGCCGAUGCAGUUGAUCAUUUUGAGGAAUAUUGUCGGCUAGCCAAAAUUGAUUUUUUAAACCCGGAUCUGUUCCCGCUACCUGGUCGCCGGGAUGAUAGCGCGUUGCUGAAGCAAGCACAGCUGGCUAAGCAGACGUUGCAAGCCUUGACCCAGAUUGAGGAUGAAUCCGUUUCCAAUCACUCAAAACUUGCUGUGUUAAUUCAUCGCGGACUGAACACGAUAGGGUGGGAUCUUCCCCGAGGGUACGAUUACUUUAUCAGCGCACAAAUAGAUCGUACGCUUCGCGACCAUCCGCGGGCGGUGUCGUGCGAAUUCUGGGGCAUCCUGAGGUCACUGCAUUGCGAUUACUAUGUCCUGGAGGUGGAGCUGCGAGAGAAAAGUGUCGAGUACUGUGCCUACCGGGGCGUGAUUGGAGAACGGCCGGAAAUUGUAACCGACAUAAUCGAGAUUGUUCUCGACAAGACGCUCCAGCAAAGCAGUGAAGAUAUUUUGCAGCACCUGACUGCUGAGUCUUUAGAAGAUCUAGCUCAGUCGGCGAUGAAGCACAUAGUAGACAAGCUUCAGCUGGUGGAUAGGGAAAUUGAAGAGCAGUACUGUCGCCUGGACAUGGAAACAAUGUUCACAGAAUUGAUCGAUCGGUUGUCUUGCAUCUCUGGGGAACCUUCCUCGGAUGAAAGCUCCACGAUGCUAACCGAUCCGUGCGCCGCUUCCCGCCUUUCCGUACACUCGACGGCCUCGAUGCUGCGAAUUCGGCUGGAACGACUCCAGCUAGAGUCUCGGCUUAACAAACGAAUGUUUUUGGUGUCGCAAAAUCCGCGCACCCAACCGUGGCAUGUGCUACCGGAUAUUACUCUGGAGCAGCUCGAAGCCACCGAGGGUUUGCGCAUCUUUCUACAGGGAAAUCUGGACGCACCGGUGCCCCAGAUCGUGAAGCCAUUUGAUGGCGUGGAGAAGAAUUUGUUGCGUGCGCUAGUUUGCAAAAUUUCGUCCCAUCGCGAUUGUCACAUCAAUGGGUCAGAGACAAACCUGUCGCUCGUGCGUUGCCUGUCCGGAAUGUACAGCUCGGUGGUCGGUUACAAUCAGGAGUUGCUGCAGGAAAGGGCCGAACGCUGGUGGGACCGGAAGGAACAGGCGCUACAGUACUGGCUAUCGGAAACGUGGCCCGGACUGUGCACCUUCAACGAUGGGGAACAGUUCCGCUGCUUCUACGUUGGAUGGGGUUUAGAGCGGCGUACCAAUUGGUACUGUCCGAUUGUUCGUAUACCGAAGAUGGCGCGCGAAUACGAAGAACAAUGCAAUAGCGUAGUUUCGCAGCAUUCGGAAGAUUUGCUUUUCGACGAUAACUCUUCAUCCAACUCGACGUCCCUAUCGUCUCUCGCAUGAUUGGUGAUGGUUGGGAUUUUGUAGUACGAAAUUCAGCAAAACUAUGCUCGCGAUGUGAAUGAUUUUGGAAAUAUUAUUGAAUCAAUGUAAAAUACGUAACAAAUUUUUU